CUGCGUGCGUCAGCGUCUUUAACUGCGUUGGAUCAAAGUAAGCUAGCUUCUUUAAUCAGGCUGCCGUUCUCAUUUUUACGGUACAUUGAAAGUAUUUCUUAGUCAUCCCGGAUAGACAAGUUAGAGGAUCGUAAGAUUGUGCGCCACUUGCAAUAAGAAUACAACGAGUCGUGUACGCACAUUAAACCUAGGAGAAAGGAGAUAAUUCGAAACCAAGAAUGAAGACGCUGUUGCUGUUAUUCGCGUGUAUUUGUUUGGCAGAAUGUGGUGCGGGAAGAAAGCACGUUCGUGAGCAACAAGCUCAAGGUUACGAAUACGAAUAUGCUCAAGAAUCUGCGCUAUCUGGCCCCGCACUAGCUGCAGGUCCACUCGCUCAUGGUCGUGGACUGCCACAUCCAGGGUUCAGCGUUGGUGGUCCUUUAGCUAAUAUCGCGAAAGGCGCGGCAGAACAAGCUCACACGCAGUUAAAUAACCAACGAUCCGCGGCCGGACAAGCGGCGUUCGUGGCGAAGAAUACCUUAGCGCAAGCUGCUUCGCAGUCAGCGGCUACCGCGGCUGCGGCACUCGCUGGCAAACAGAUCGUGGUCCAAGGGCUGGAACAACAAUCGAGAGACGCCCACGUAGCGGUAGACGGGGAGAAUCUGCAACUGCAACAAGCGGAACGUGCCGCAAACGCGGCAAGGACCACCGCUAAACAAGCGAUGCAACAGUUGCAAGUGGUUACAGCGGCCUUAAACGCGGCACAGGCGACGGCUGAUCGCGCGGCGCAAGCUGCCGCGGAGUCGGCGGCCGAGUUGGCGGCGCAAACCACCAUGCUUGGUCAGGCGAAGGCACGAGCGGAGUCGGUGGACGAGCAACUCACUGCUGCUCGCCUAGAUUACGAAACCACUCAAGCGGCCGCUGAGAAAGCUGCGAGCGCAGCCGCAGCCGCGCAAAAUAACGCUGCCGCUGCCGCUGCACACGUUGCCGAUGCUGCCGCUGAUUCUGCGCUUUUGGCUCACCAGCCGAUCAAUCCCUCUCCGCUCCCGAAACUUCCUCCACCUCGGCACGGUGCUCUCGGAGAACCUGCCGUUCUCGAUGCUGGUCUUCACGAACCCAGUGCCCUUCUCGCACCUGGCGCGCUCCACCAAGCUGACGCUCUCCGUUCACCUGCUGCGCUUCACCAAGCGGAAGCUCUCCGUCUUCCCUCCGGACUUCACGAAGCCGCCGCGCUCCAGGAAGCCGCUCUUCGCGCGUCCGGCCUGCUUCACGAAGCUGGUCCAGCACUUCAAUCUCCAAGCGGUCUUCAUCGCUCAGAGUUGCUUAGCCUAGCCAAUGCUUUACCUACCGAUAGUUACGAUAUUAAAGGUUAUCGAUACUAGAUUAUUUUGGAUUGGACAUUUUACACGAAUCUAGUACUUGUUACCGUCUUCAUUCAAGAAUAACGAAAUAUUAUGUUCUGUGUGUCAGACUGUGAAAUAAAAUAUUGUUGAAACGUCAAAUAUCUUCUGCCUCGCCUCCUCGUCUUUGUCCUGUUAAAUCUCUCACUAAUUGAUUUCCUUUCAUCUGUUUCCUCCUCUCCUCC